UCGUGGAUUGUUAGAUUUGAAUUCAAGUACAUAAUAUUUCUACUAUAUUAAAUAUUCAAAUGGAUAUUAUUACAAAAAAUAAUUUAUUUUAAAUAUUAUCAAUAAUAUAUAUUGAUCAUUAGAAUUUUAGAAAAUCAUUAACAUAGAUAUAAAAAUAUUUUAAAAUUUGUUACACAUGUGAAGAUUUAAAUUAAGAAUAUGCACGCAUAAAAUAGUAUUAGAAAGGAUGGAUUUAAAAGAAUCAUUAAUUGGCUUAAAAGAAUUGAAGUCCUACUUAAAUUAGUCUAGGAAAGUAGGUGUUAAGAAAUUGCUGAAGAAGUAAAUAAGACAUAUUGUGGUAGAAAUUGA